AAUUUCGCUUGUGCUUGUGAAUAAUAUUGUGAAUUGAGAUUGUUGUUUAUUGUUUUAUUUAUAUAGUAUGUUGUAAACUGCAUUGUUUAAAAAAUAUACGACUACUAUUUAUGAAAUUAAGUUCUUCCGGUAGCUUGAUUACAUGUAGCCUACUAAUAUACGGUAAAACAAAAAACGUCCACAAAGUUGACGAUGUGAGAAGCAGUUGAAGAGCUCAGCCGUUUUAAGUGACAAUGACACCAAACGAUCGUAUGAAGGCUUUGCUCUCAGAUCUUGGCAAGUCGACUCUAAGAGGUAUUAAAAAAUGUCCCAAGUGUGGAACAUACAAUGGAACUCGUGGCAUCUGCUGCAAAAACAAAGCUUGUGAUGCCGUCUUCAAGGAAGCCGGUGAGAAGCGUAAAAACUCCACGGAAGUGUGCAAGCUUGUGACUGGAUAUUCCACUCAGAUAUUCUCGGUUCGUAUCAGAGACAAGGGGCCUGAUUACCGUGGCUUUGUGCAGUUGCCGAACCUGGCUGGCAACAUUCCCUACGAUGAGGCCCUGUGCUUUGUCGAAGCCUGCCAACGCACCUUUCAAGCUCAUCUAGGGUGUCAUGAGAAAUAUGCUCCAGUAAUCCCGAUUUGUCAGCACAUAGAAGCCGCCCUUCGCUGUGAAAGUAUUGCUCAACCAUUGGACAUCACAGAAGAGUCAAUUGCUUCUUUGAGUAUGUCCACUGAAAUGAAGGAGGCGGUUUGGCAGCUAAAAUCGGAAUCGACUAGUCCAAUAGUGCAAAGGGUGUCGCGACACAUAAUGGCCGUCAAGUGUGAAAGCAACUCUAAACAUCCUCUCGGCUAUCUCCACGUCUCAUUCUUCUUGUAUAAAACUAAGGACUGUCAAAUUCAGUAUUCGUGUAGUUGUCCUUUCUAUAAGACAAAAUCACAGAACCGCAGCGACAUGGAAGGAUUUGUGUCGUUGCGCCGCUGUGUGCACUACUACGCAUGCGUGGCGGCCAUUGCUGGCGACGCCAAGCUGAGCGAGGAGUUGGCCGCAGUGCUGGAAGCUGAGCGCCCCGCCCCCCCUCCCGUCAACCACUUCCUCAGUCUUGAACUGCUCGAGACGCCUGGCCAGGUGAUAGUUCCUGAGAUUCUGGAUGACGAAGAGCAGCAGCAGGAGCAGCAUAUUGAAGAGGUGGCCGAUGGAGCAGCUGAUGCUAAUGAGAAGCAGUUGGUGGCCAUUUUUGGAGAUGUGGUCGACGUUGACAACUGUGAGGUGGAAGUGGAGAUGUUGCCCGUAGAGACGUCGCUCUUGCAGCACAUGCUGCCUGAUGACAUCACUCAGAUGCAGGGCCUGGAAGUGGUGCAUAGCCUGGACAUGUGUGUGAAUGAAGAGCAACUGGUGAUGGAGCAGCCAGCCGCGCGCACUGUCCUUGUCAACCAGAAAUCGCUGAGUCAGCUGUUGGCGACCACCCCACCACCCUCCGCCCUGCCGACUCCUUCCGUCCUUCCUCUACCGGAUCAGCGUCAGAACGACGCUGAUAAGUACAAAAAAUGCAAGUCGAAGGAUGAAAAUUCAUUAACCGUAUCUAGCGAAAAGAAUGCUCAGAAGAUUCUGCCCAGUCUGGCCAAGCGAAAAAGAGCACCGAACCUUUCUGCCAAGGAAGUAUAUGAUGAGAAUGCGACAAACAUGAUGUUUUUAGAGUGGUUGUCGUCGGUCACUGAAUCAAUCAACGAGACAAUGCAUUACCAGUGCAGUGGCACUCCGGAUCCACUCAUUUUCAGGUGUCCUCAGAAAUUCUACGAGUGUCUGAAAGAGCGAAUUUCAAACGCUGGCCUCAAGAAGAGGUUGCCGAAUUCAACGAUUAUAGUUACCAGAAAAGAUUCGCCUCCGUUUGGCAAAUUCACUAAAUACACGUGGAUUAUAAAUAAUAUUAUCCAGCUCAAGCACAUAUUCGAAACACCUCAGGUAUCUCUUUUAAUAGCCAGAAGUUUUAUAAAGAAUAGUGAUGGAAGCUAUGACGUUUACAACGCGAGCAGUUCGUAUGAGCAUUUCGCCAAGACUGAGAAUACACCUAGGAUAAAACCUCUCGAAUAUAAAACAUUCCUCAAAGUUGGUUAUAAUUUUAAGGAACAAACUAAGCCUUCACCGUUCAUCAUAGAAUGGAUCCCCGACAUUCUGCCCAUGACGAGGACAGGUGAACUGAAGUUGACCUUCCAAUUCGGACAUCACUCCCCACUCACCUCAACUCGUAUCACUAAUUGAUGUCAUUUUUAAUCGAUUAUAAUAUAGCUUUAAAACUGGAAAUGUUGAAUAAGUGUUUCAACAUGGAAGGAAGUACAAUAUUUAGGUACUCUAUUUCUACCAGAAUUUUGUGUAAAUAUGUAUUUUAACUAAGUUAUCCCGUAGAAAAAGACAAAUAUUAUUUAUGAUUUUAUAUUAUUUAUGAUUUUUUUUAAAUUGAUAUAGUAUUAUUCUUAAGUUGAAACUUUGUACAUUCUAUCUUUAAUUUAUUUAGGUACCUAAUUAGAAAUUGAUUCCAUUCCUA